CUACAUCCACUCUCCGUAGCAGCAUCUCAGUUUUCAAACAGAUUCCGGGCCACGAGUAUAUCUUGGGACGUCAUUUUUCGAACCUCAUCAACAGAUUUGUUUGGUAUAUCUACAUUUGUGUGUGUGUUGAGCUAAACCUCAAAUCCAGCCGCUCUGCUAUGGCAAAAGGAGAAGGAGGUGAACAAUACUCCAACGCCAGUUUACUCAACAAACCCGACUCGGAUAGCGUCAAGCUCGCCAGGAAGCCUGAGAAUGACAACAGGUUGUCCGUCUGCAACAAGAUAAGCUAUGCCAUCGGCGGAGCUCCCUAUCAGAUGACUGGAUCCGCUCUGGGCUUUUUUCUGCAGAUCUAUUUAUUGGAUGUAGCUCAGUUGGACCCCUUCUACGCCUCAAUCAUCUUGUUUGUGGGUCGAGCAUGGGAUGCUGUAACGGAUCCCACUGUCGGCUUUCUUGUCUCCCGGAGCCCUUGGACACGUUUUGGACGCAUGCUGCCCUGGAUCGUCUUGUCAACCCCUUUUGCUGUGAUUUCUUACUUCCUCAUCUGGUAUGUUCCCCCCUUUGAAAAUGGCAAAGUCAUCUGGUACCUUAUCUUCUACUGCCUCUUCCAGAGUCUUCAAACGUGCUUCCAUGUGCCGUACUCUGCCCUCACCAUGUUCAUCAGCUCAGAGCAGAAGGAAAGGGACUCGGCCACAGCAUACAGGAUGACGGUGGAGGUUCUGGGAACUGUCCUUGGCACAGCUAUCCAGGGGCAGAUAGUAGGCAUGGCCAAUGCCCCCUGCCUCCCAGGUCCACGUGACAUUGUAGCAAACCUGACCAACUCCUCAAUGUCUGCAGGGCUCAAUGACUCGGAGCAUGUCAUCUCCAUAGAGCACACGAAAAAGGCCUACAUGAUCGCCUCUGGUGUGAUCAGCUUGAUCUACAUCCUCUGUGCUGUUGUUUUGUUCUUCGGUGUGAGAGAGCAAAAAGAGUAUUGCCGUCCCAGGUCGGAGCCCAUGUCGUUCUUCCGGGGUAUUAAGCUGGUGAUGGGCCAUGGACCAUAUGUCAAACUGAUCAUGGUCUUUCUCUUUACAUCCCUGGCUUUCAUGCUCCUAGAGGGAAACUUUGCUCUGUUCUGCAGCUCAACACUGGGUUUCAGAAACGACUUCCAAAACAUUCUUCUUGUAAUCAUGCUUUCCGCUACUCUGGCCAUCCCCUUCUGGCAGUGGUUUCUGACCCGCUUUGGGAAAAAGACAGCUGUUUAUACUGGCACCUUGUCUGUGGUUCCUUUUGUGAUCCUGGUGGUGUGUGUGAAGAGCAACCUAAUUGUCACCUACAUUGUCUCCUUCGCCGCUGGGGUCAGUGUGGCGGCAGCCUUCCUGCUUCCCUGGUCCAUGCUUCCUGACGUUGUUGACGAUUUCCAAGUGCAGAACCCUGAGUCCACUGGACACGAAGCUCUUUUUUAUUCCUUCUAUGUCUUCUUCACCAAGUUUGCCUCUGGAGUCUCCCUGGGCAUCUCUACUCUCAGUUUAGAUUUUGCAGGUUACAUUAGUAGAGGCUGCUCUCAACCAGAAGAAGUGGACUUGACCUUAAAACUGCUGGUUUCGGCUGCCCCCGUAGCUAUGAUCAUUGUCGGCCUCGGCAUAUUAUACUCGUAUCCAAUCACAGAGGAGAGGAGGCAAGGCAACCGAAAGCUGCUACAAGAACAGAGAGACAAUGAGGCAGAUUCAGAAACAGACUCAACAGAAAUGGGCAACAUUGUGUAGCACUUUUUGGACCAAACGGGUGAUCGACUGGCAUUUUGCACUGGGUGGGACCAUUGGACCUUGGCUCGCCCAACUACGCAUUCACUGCCUUGUACAAUCACUCCUUGAAAACUUGGACUUUUUUGUAGCUUCAGCCAAUCUGGAGCCUCUUUGAAACCAACCUCUUCUUAUCCUCAUGUGUGUGACGUUCUCUCAGCAUAAAAUUAACUAUCCUUCUUGUGCAGUUGGAUCCCAGAAGCCUUACGUUUUGUAUAAUAUUGGAUUGCUGCUGAUUUUGUUCUUAGUUGAAACUGCACAAAACCACAUUAUAUCAUGGGAGCAUCUUUUGUCAGUGCUGCCAGUAUAGGUGCUAUCCACAUUCUGAGAAAACUGUGAUAAAGCCUUAAUUUCAACCCCAUGUGUGGGUUAGGAAGUGCAAAUCUGACAAGGUGACACUUGAGUCACAUGCUCUUCAGUCACUAGCUUGAUGUGUAUUUUGAAAGCGUUUCAAUUAGUUUUGUAAUUUUAUAAUUUCUCUUUAGUUUACUGGAACCAGGCCAAUUUCCAUCCUACGUGAUUUUUUUUUGUGUGAUAUUCUAACUAGAGGCCAGACAACAACUGUGCUCUGUAGAGCUUAGUUUUGUUUUCCACCCCAGUCCUGAAACCACUACAGUAGUAAAAGCAGUUAGUUUGCAAAUGUAACUGCAAUGUUUAUUUAAUAGAUGCAUUCAUUUCAUCUUAUCUAUAGACCGCUACUGAAUGGAGGAACUCUAAAUGCUUUCUUUACUUAAUAUUCAGGAGAAUGGUAUCUAGUGAUAUCAUUAUUUAAAUAUUUAUUAGUUUUGAUUUUACUGUUCUGAAUUAAUGUUUGCUGCAAAGUCGCAUCUUGCAGUAUUUCAAUGCUUUGAUUUAUUCCACAAAAUUAUUGGUUUCAAAAUGAGAUGGGAGUCAAAUUUUAUCACGUCUUUUAAUGCAUAUUGUUACUAUGUUUCUUCCAUUUGCAUUCAAAAAGGGAAGCAUGGAAUUGUAAAAAAAAAAAUUAGGCUGGAAGAUGGGGAAGUCAAGUAGAUGUUGUCUGUUUUUCAGUGUUCUCUGGUUUUCAUCUACACAUUGUAUGCUUCUUGAAGGAACAGCCAGGAUGCUUUGAUCAUCUCAAUCCCUGUCAUUAAAAUGAGGAUUGACAUGUUUCAUAUCUGUUGAUAUGGAAAUGUGUACAUAAAGUGUCAUAUGUUAUACAUACUGUUACAUCUUUGGUGCGUUCCUGACAACUGGGUUGCCAUUCAUAUUUCCCUAACUUUAUUUGUAUUUGUUUUCUGCCUAGAUGUUGCUUAUGUCCAUACUGGAUACUGUACAUGACAACAUGGUGCCAUUUGUCACCUACCUGUAAUAAUUGUAAAUCAUUUUAUUUGUUGACAUUUUGUCUAUUUUUUGGUCCGGUCUGUGAACUUCCCUCAUGACUCUUGCGGCUGUAGCCAAAUGUGUGAGCUUUAAUUCCACAGGGACACACAAGCCUUGUGUACAUGCCUCCUGUGCAUAUGUAAAUAGUGUAUGAAACCUGUGAAUAUACUUGGUAUUUGUGGCUCUAAGUGACAUGAACCUAUGUUCAAUGUCAUUUAGGUAUUUAAGGAAAAAUGAGGUUGAAAGUGAAAUUAAUAAAAAAAUAAGUCUACUGUAACAAGUUGUCAA